GGAAAAACGCCCAGAGAUCAUUUUGGAGCACAGCAGGAGGAGGACCGCCGGCGGGACCGCCGAGACCACCGAGACCACCGAGACCCGCGGACGGCUCCGGGAUGGAGGUCGCCGCCGCCGCCGCUGCCGCCGGCCCCCGGGGCCGAAGCUGGAGGGGGACGACGAGGGCGUACGCCCGCCCACCUGACGAGGGCAUUGCGGAUGCACGGAGCGCUCCGUUGUUUGUGUCUCAGGCGGAGGGCACCCGGAGCCACGCCGGCCCUCGCGUCGUCCUCCCGCCGCCGACCGGCACGACUCUGAGGAGUGUGAGAGCGAGAAGGGAGAGCGGGGAAUGUCGUGGGAAAGGAAAAUGAUCCAAACGGCGCUCCUCGCCGCCCUCCUCCUCCUCCACGCCGCGGCCUCGUCCUACGCUCACCAUCACGGGAGGAGGGUGUGCGGCAGCCGGGAUGCGCACCCCCAGCAGGGGCGCCACGUCGUCACGGCGAUCGAGUCCUACGUCCUCCCGCUGCACAAGCCCUACAUGGCCAUGUGUCAGGGCCACCGCCUCUGCAGUACCUACAAGACGACGUACACGGUGGCUUACCGUCUGGUGAGCAGAGUCGCGUAUUCGUCCAACUUGUACCCGGAAUGUUGUCCGGGAUGGAGACGCCUGCACUCGCUUAAUUGCAACCGAGCCGUGUGCAAAGACGCCUGCCUCAACGGCGGCUCGUGUCUGAAACCCGACUGGUGCGCGUGUCUGCCGGGAUGGACGGGACGCCAGUGUGGGACAGACGUGGACGAGUGCACGGCGCAGCAUCCGUGCUCUCAAAUGUGCGUUAACACGCCGGGCAGUUUCCGAUGCUCCUGCCGCGAGGGUUUCGCGCUGGCCGAGGACGCCCGCACCUGCCGCCGCCUCGGACCCUCGGCGGCGCCGCCUUCAGGCGGAUCGUCGGGUAUCAUGCCUGGGAAUGUGACGGAGGAAGUCCAGAGUCUGAGGAGCAGAGUGGAGCUUCUGGAAAAGAAGCUACAAGUGGCGCUCGCGCCGUACACCAGCGUUUUCCCGGACGAGGGCGCGUCGGACAACAGCGUCACGUUGUUGUCGCACUCCUUCCGUCAGCUGGACCGCAUCGACUCCCUCAGCGAGCAGAUCGGAUUCCUGGAGGAGCGCCUGGGAACCUGUUCCUGCCAGGAAAACUAAAAGACGGACAACGCGGGAACGUUUUCCUCACAGGUCCGACUCCAAAAUCUUCCGACUGGAAAACGGGGAACAACUACAACAACCGCAACGUCUGCGAUACUUUCAAUUUGGAGUUGGAACAGAUUUGAACAUCUUUGCUUUUUCAGAGUAGAACAACGGCAGUACUUUGGUGUUGUUGAAAUUUCAAAUAACCGACGUGAACCCAAAUAGUCCAUCAGAGCAGCUGUCGUCAUCUCGUGUUUGUUCUUUUUACAUUUUAUUUAAAAUGACGUGAUUUUUGUCUUUUUUUUUUCCCAAGUACUGGACUGUACACUUUUUAUAAUAAAACAACAUCCGUGAACAAAAACGCGACGUGUAUGCGCAAUGAAAGUGGAUCAAAGCAAACCCAGUCAAGGAGGAUCUCCAGAGAACAAUCCAUCAUAAAAAUCAUUAAAAAAGAAGUAAAAAGAAAUAAAUUUAUUGAAAUCUUUUGCAAGGCAAAUUCACAUUUACCCCAUUUUUUUUUUUUUUUUUUUUUAGUAGGUCAACUAAAAAAAACAACGACAUCAUCAAUAUUAGCCAGAAUACUGAGCGGGUGGGGCUAUGUCCCAUUUUUAAUAGCUUUGGUGAAAAUGAUUUAGAAAAAAAAAAAAAAAAAACGAAAA